UAGUGCGCAUGCGUAUAAAGACAACGUUUCGAGCGGGCUAAUUUAAAACAAACAAGAUGGAUGUUAUAUCUGCUCUACAGUUCCUCAGAUUAAAUGAAAUUCCUGAAGACUGGGUGAACCUGGCAUGGGACACCGAGUUUACAGAGAGGAAACCACUGAAUGACGUCUUGGAGAAAGAACUGGAUGGCAGUGAAGACGAGGCCUUCAGAACCCUGUAUCACUGUUUUCUGGCCUACGUUCCCGAUCAACAACAGUCUACCAGCAUUAAUGGAUCCUCACAGAACUUUUGGGGCAUUUUUAGGGAGAAUGGGGUAUCAAUCAAGGCCUUGGUGGCUGUGCUUUCUUUCUAUGUGUUGGGGGCUAAAGCCAGAGCUGCCAACACACAGAACAGAGUGGGUGGACUGUAUGCUGCCUCACUCUACCUGCUGCUAUUGAAAAUCCCAGGAAGCAUUGCCAACCAAGUCUUUCAUGAAGUUUUGUUGGACACCUGCUCUGACCUGACCUCACACUGCUGGCCUCAAGACUCUGGAAAAAAGCGCAAAAAGGAUGGGAUGAAAAAUCCUCAAGGCGAGGGGAAACGAGCCAAAGCCCAGAAGAAAAAGCCUCCACAGAUGGAAAUGGAUGAAGCUGAGGAACAGGACGAGGAGGAGGAGGAUAUUUAUUUCUCAAACGAAGAUCUGAUGAAGAUCAGAGAAGCAGCCGUUUUUCUGGUCCACAGCCUUCUGAGGCUCCUCCAAACAUUUCCACUCAAAGACCGGCCAGAAACCGCCAGCAGCUUCACGCAGAUCUUCUGUAAGCUGCUUCACAUUGAACCUGUCCUUGGUGAGAUUACCUUUGCUGCUCCACGAGACAUGACUGAAAUGAGGAGCAUUCCAGAGAUGGCUUUCUAUGGGCUUGAGCUGCUCUGCUUAGCAAAACAUGGAGACCAGAAAGAAUCUUUGCGCAGCGUCUUCCAUCAGCUGCUCUAUGCCAUACUGAUGAUGAAUAAAGAGAGUCGAGGGAAACCGGUCCUCCGUGUUCUCAGUCGGAGUGUUUUGGCAAUCAGGGAUUAUGCCAUUCAGUUUGUAAGUCAUUUGGUGGAGGAGCAGAGGGAGCUGGCGAAACCUUUCCUGGAGAUUCUGCUGCAGCACAUCUGCUUCCAGAUGGUGGAGAAAAGCGAGUACCGAAGCCACGGAGCCCAGGCUGUGGGAAUGCUGACAUCUCAGAUGGAAAAUGCAGAUUACAGCCGCUUCAUUAAAUGGCUGUUUAAUUUCUCCAGACAACCAAAGAUGGUCCAUCGACUGUUCUCCGUGGACGUGGUCAUGGCUUUGCUGGAGCAGACAGAGAGGCGGCUGGAGGAAUCUCAGGAUCCGGAGCUUGCCAUCUUUCUGCCACAGAGGUUUUUGAUCCAGGAUCUGCUGUUUGCUCGAAGGAUGGAUGAUUCUCCCACCGUCCAAGGCCACGCCCUUUCUUGCCUGGCUCAGUGUUUGGAGCUGCCCUCCCUCAAUGUCACCAGGGCCGUCCACAACCUCUUCUCUGGCACUGGGACUCAGACGGUGCUGGACAGUGAACUCGCAGGAGUACCUUCGUGCACGCAGAGCAGCAUGAAAAGCCUGCCUUUCAGGACGGUGGAGAUCAGCUGUGUUGACGGCUCAGGCUCUGAAGCGGCAAAGGCAAACCUGGCUCUUCUUCUUCGCCGUGUAAAGGACUCAAAGACAAAUGUCAGGAAGGCAGCGCUGCAGGCCCUGCUAGGUCUCCUGAAGCAUGGUGUAAUUCCCCCAACCUGGGAGAAUCUGGAGACUCUGUCAGAGCGCACCAGAGACCCAGCUGUGUCUGUGAGGAAGAAGGCUUUACAGUGUGUUGGAGAGCUGCUCAGUGCCAAAGCCGAGUGCAGCACGGUCCAGAAGGCAUGGCUGCAGGGCGUGCUGCCGGCUGUGGUGGACUCUGAGAGCUCGGUGCAGGAGAAGGCCUUGGACGCUCUGGAACAAGUGCUGCUUAGUCAAGUCAAACUGUACAAUGGCGGCCAUCACAUGGACACAGAUCAGAGGCUUACAUGGGAUCUGCUAGGCUUGUUGUCACAUGAAUGCAGAAACCUGAGCCGUUAUUUUAGCAGAGCCUUCACCAUUUGGUCGAAGCAGAACAAGUUCACGCCGGCUUUCAUCACAAACCUGAUGUCACACUUUAAGGCCGAUCAUGCUGCAGGGGCCUGGCUGCUGCUUUCCAAGGUCGCCACUUCAUGUCCCAAAGUCCCAUGUGGCAAAAUCCUGGACUCGUGGGACGCAUCGAUCAGAUCAAGAGAUGUCGACGUGACAACCUUCUGUCACAUUCUAUCUGUUAUGGGAGACGUUGCAGUUCAUUUAAAUGAUGAUACCAAGAACAGGAUAGUUGAGGAUCUAAUGUCUUUGUUGAAGAGUUUCACUUUGUCUCUUGAGUUGAUCAGCACAGCCGUGCAGACUCUUUAUCAGCUUGGCUGUCAGGAGAACAUCAAAGAGACCCAGGCCUUCCUAAACCAGCACUGUGGCGAGCUCGUGUCUAUUUGUGAAGCUUAUUUAUCCGCUGUCAUCCUCAAUGAAAAUGGAGCCCAGGACCUUGAUGAAGAGCUCAUGAUAAAGCAUCUCCACACUCUGGGUGUGGCAUCACUUCAAUGUCCGGCUAAAGUGAGCAAGAAGACGGUGCUGGUGGUGGAAUCUGUGCUGACAGCACAUUCUAACAAACUAACAGAUUGCCAGGAUGAUCUGCCAGCUUCACUGCCUCUGUCUCAGUUCAAAGUCAACGCUUUACCCCCCCGAAUCAAAGCCCAUGGAGUCUUAACUUUAGGUAAGCUGUGCCUGCAGCAGGAGGAGCUCGUGCACAAGUAUCUGCCAGUGUUUGCCAGAGAGCUGGAGGUCGGCAAAGAGGUUGCUGUGCGCAACAACAUCGUGGUGGUCAUGUGUGAUCUCUGUGUUCGAUACACCAACAUUGUGGACCACUACAUACCUAACAUCUCUGCCUGUCUCCGGGACGAUGAAGAUGUCAUCAGGGAGCAGACUCUGAUCAUGCUCACUAACCUGCUGCAGGAGGAAUUCGUUAAAUGGAAGGGCUCGUUGUUCUUUCGCUUUAUGGCGUCACUUGUUGACCCGGUCCCAUCUGUUGCCAGCUUGUGUGAAUACUGCCUCGUCCACCUGCUGCUCAAGAAGAACCCCGAAAUGUUCAGUCAGCACUUUAUUGAGUGCAUCUUCCACUUUAACUCCUACCACAAGCACAAGUCCUACAACAAAUUCCCUCAAAGUGAGAGAGAAAAAGUUCGCUUCUCCCUGAAAGGAGCACAGCACCAUGAGAAGCGCUUUCGGAUCUAUCGCUUCCUUUUGGAGCACUUCACAGAUGCACAGCGCUUCAACACCACCAACAAGAUCAACCAGACGGUUUUAGCAUCCUUUGCUGAUGAGGACCUGCCUCUGGAUGCAGAUGGUGCCGAGAUUUUAUCAGAGACAUUUAAAAUCUUGAGCCUGAAGGAAAUGAAACUUCAGGCUGUAACUGCUGGCGGGACUGCAGGAGAAGAAAUAGAGGAGGAGAACAUGGCCAAGGCUGUUCUGCAGGCCGCACAGAAGAAAGUGCUGUCACAGGUCCAGAAGAAGGCUUUCAUUGAGAACACAAUUCCUCUAGUCAUCAGCUUAAAGAACUUGCUAGAGCAGAGAAGAUCUCCUGUUCUCAAAGACCUCAUGGCCUACCUUCAGGUGAUGAUGCAGGAAUACCGCAAUGAGGUGAAGGAGUUUUUCUCUGGAGAUGAGCAACUGGCUGCUGAAGUGGAAUUUGCUCUGAAAACAGCAGAAAAGGAAAAGAAGAUGCAGGAACAGAUGGAGAACUGCACCCUGAGCGAAGGAGCAGAAGCACAAACUGCACAGGGUUCAGUCCACAGCUCCCCCAUAAAGCAGAGCCGCAUUCUGACCUUUAACUUCACCACGCCUCAGCCGCCUCGUCCACACCCACAGAUGCCCAGACGACCUAUGACUGACUUGCGUGUGAGCAGAUCUAGACCAGGAGAGCACAGCAGCUCCAAAUCAAUUGCCCUGGAAAGAACAGGGAGGCUUAGCGAAGCUCUGAAAGAUCGAGCCUUCAGCACACCCAAAGGCACAAACGUGCAGAUAACAUUUAACGAAGGCCUCAGUGCAAUCUACAGUGAACAGGGAUCAACCCUCAAUGGAGAGGCCAGUGUCCUUCACAUGAGGCCAAAUGAACAGAAUGAUGCUGGUCCAACAUUAUGGAACGUUCAGUCUCCUUUGCGCCAGAAGAAAAGAGCUUCCAAAAUGUAGCUGUCUGACAGUGUCAUGUGUUUAUUUCAGUUUUUUGUUUUGUGUCAACUGUACUGUAAUUCCUGUAUUCUUUAUUUCAACAUUUUUUUUUCUCACUUUCUAGUGAUAUUGACCUUUUCCUUUCUUACUUGUGAGUUCCUGACUGCUGCGUUUUGUUUAACAAAGUGCUUCAUAAUGAAGUGACUUUGACUUUUACUAAGAGAUUUUCUCAAAUGCAAGAAGGGGGAAAAAACCUGCAACAAUUCUCUAAGAAUAAAAAUGAUCUCAAUAAUUUUACAUUA